UACCUGAACUACACACUUGGCAUGAGUAACGCAAGCUACAUUCAUUGUUCAUAUGUUGUUUGUCAAUACACUCUGAAUAAAAUAAAUAAAAUCACUGAUAAAUUGAUGCGUUGAUGAGAUUUGCGUCCUGCAUGCAAUACGAUACUUAAACGUCACUUGUUCUUCAACUUUUCGUCUUAUAUUAAUCGAAGAUGCCUAUAUUGUACAGCGUAAUAUCGAGAAGGAAUACGAUCUUGACAAAGUAUGCAACAUGUGCUGGCAAUUUUGCUGAGGUGACAGAGCAAAUCAUUGACAAAAUUCCACCUCACAAUGACAAACUCACCUACUCGCAUGGCAAUUACUUGUUUCACUACAUUUGUGACAGUCAGAUUAUCUACUUGUGCAUUACAGAUGAUGAAUUUGAAAGAUCCAGGGCAUUUCUUUUUCUUAACGAAAUCAAACGGCGAUUUGUCAUUGCCUACGGCAAUAACGUUGAGCACGCAUUACCGUAUGCGAUGAACACGGAUUUCUCUCGGGUGCUUGCAAAUGAAAUGAAACACUAUUCAGAAUCACAUGAUGUUGAUACUAUUUCCAAGGUGCAUGGAGAGUUGGAUGAACUUAAAGAUAUUAUGGUUAAAAAUAUUGAUAAUGUUGCAAUGAGAGGUGAAAGACUUGAGUUGCUGGUAAAUAAAACAGAAAAUCUGAGCAACAAUGCUGUUACAUUCAACAAGACGAGCCGAAACCUUGCGCGCUCAAUGUUCUGGAAGAAUAUAAAAAUGUACGUGAUAAUCGGCGGCGUAAUUGCUAUAAUCGCGUAUAUCAUCGUGUCCAUGGCCUGCGGCGGGCUGGCAUGGCAGAAUUGUGUGGGGAAAUAAGCAAAACACAGACGUACGCAUGAUGACAAACAUAAAUAAGCGUAAAUAACGCAAGUACAUAAUGAUACAGAUAUAUCCACAAAUACAUACUUUUGUUUAGCCGUAUUACCGUAUUUGUUACAUAAAUAGUGUCUUAACUUUAAGGUGAUAUUAAUUCUUGGUAAAGUGCAGGUUUAUCACUUUUAACUUUUAAAAUUAAAAUUAACUGGCGAUGUAUGCAGAAUAAUUCGAUUCAUUUCAAAUGUGAUUAUUAUAUUUUAAAUUAUCAGUGCAUGAAAAAGUGAAUAUUAUUAUUAUUAUAUAUAAGAUAAGUAGGUAGAUGUGCAGAUACAUUCAUGUAAAUAUUUUAAUAGGAAACCAUUAUAAAUAUCUUACUUAUUGAGAAUGAAAUAUGUAUCAUAUAAUAAUGUAUGAAAACAGAAAUAACCAUUAAGUUUAUUGAUAGAAGUUAUGUGUUGAAGAGUUGAGGUAAGAUGUAUUUUAUCACUACAACACGUUUAGUUCUUUUAAUAUUUUAACUUGUGUAUGCAAUAAAUGUAUUUAUAUCAA